GAAUCUGUUGGAGAUUUGAUGAUAAGGAAUAUUCAGUUAAACCAUUCAGGAAAAUACAUGUGCACUGUACAAACAACUCUAGAAAUUUUAUCUGCUGUAGCUGACAUCAUUGUUAGAGGUCCCCCAGGUCCCCCAGAGGAUGUGAGAGUGGAACACAUUUCCAGUAGUACUUCUCAACUCAGCUGGAAACCAGGCCCAGAUAAUAACAGUCCCAUUCAAAUAUUUACUAUUCAGACUCGAACAGCAUUUUCUUUGGGUUGGCAGGCUGCUUCUACAGUUCCAGAAAUCCUGAAUGGUAAAACAUACAAUGCAACAGUGGUUGGUUUGAGCCCUUGGGUGGAGUAUGAAUUCCGUGUUGUUGCUGGCAACAGCAUUGGGAUUGGAGAACCAAGUAAACCAUCAGAAUUGUUAAGAACCAAAGCAUCAGUCCCAGUAGUGGCGCCAACAAACAUCAAUGGAGGUGGAGGAAGUCGGUCUGAACUCGUCAUUACGUGGGAGUCAAUUCCAGAAGAACUACAGAAUGGUGAGGGAUUUGGAUAUAUUGUCAUGUUUCGGCCAGUUGGCUCAACAACCUGGACCAAGGAAAGAGUGGUUUCUGUGGAGUCAUCAAGGUUCAUUUACAGAAAUGAGAGCAUCAUCCCCCUCUCUCCCUUUGAAGUCAAAUUCUUUAGAUUCCAUUAUGAAUCUGUAUUCACCUAUUGUAUUUUUAUUUCCUCCCUGUAUGUAUUAGACAGAUUACUUUGUUGCUGUUUACCUGUUUUAUUUAGAAAAUAUUCUGUCAUUUAUGCUUCUGUCUCCUUCUCAUAUCCUAGUUGUUGGGAAACAAUGACUUGUUUGUUCUUUAUUCUUAAUGAUCAGGUGUUAUACUGGACAGAUGACUCCAAAGAAUCCAUGAUUGGUAAAAUUAGAGUCAGUGGAAAUGUCACAGUCAAAAACAUCACAGGGCUGAAGGCAAAUACAGUCUACUUUGCUUCUGUGAGGGCUUAUAAUACUGCUGGGACAGGGCCUUCAAGUGCUCCUGUCAAUGUCACCACAAAAAAGUCUCCUCCAAGUCAACCACCAGCAAAUAUUGCCUGGAAACUGACAAACUCUAAAUUAUGCUUGAACUGGGAGCAUGUAAAAACCAUGGAAAAUGAGUCUGAAGUGUUGGGCUACAAGAUUCUGUACCGACAAAACAGGCAAAGUAAAACUUAUAUUUUGGAAACAAACAAUACAUCAGCUGAGCUUCUGGUUCCAUUUGAAGAAGAUUACUUGAUUGAAAUAAGAACAGUCAGUGAUGGUGGGGAUGGAAGCAGCAGUGAGGAAAUUAGGAUUCCAAAAAUGUCAAGUUUAAGUUCCAGAGGAAUUCAAGUCUUAGAACCUAGCAUCCAUUUUCUGUCAAUUGUCCUUGUGACUUUUUACUGUUUUGCUAUCCAGUCACUUAUAUGA